AUGGAGCAAGGGGCGUCAACGCCCAAGACGCUGGAGGAACUCAAAAACCCGGCCGUCGUUGAUACCGUACAUCAGGAUGAGGCGCUCCGGGUGCUCUUGCAGUACAAUGGAGACGAGACGUGGACGCCAGAGGAAGAGAAGAAGCUUGUUCGCAGGAUCGAUAAGAAGUUACUGACGUUGUUGAUUAUAACGUACGGUCUCCAGUACUACGACAAGGCCAUGUUGUCCCAGGCUGCGCUGUUUGGCUUGCGCGAGGACUUGCAACUCAAGACCGGUGACCGAUAUUCCUUCUCAGCCUCCAUCUUCUACCUUGGGUUUAUCGUAGGAAGUUACCCUGCGGUUGUCAUGGCGCAGCGUUGGCCUAUCGAGCGCGUUGCAGCCGGCAUUUUGUUCGUCUGGGGUGUUUGUCUCAUGUGUUCGGCCGCAUGUACGAACUGGCAGGGCUUCUACGCGCAGCGCUUCUUCCUCGGGUUUCUGGAAUCGGGCGUUUCUCCAAUGUUUAUGUUGAUUGUGGGUGGGUGGUAUAAGAAGAGCGAGCAAGCACUGCGAAUGGGCGCGUGGUACUGCGCAACUGCGUACGCUUCGGCUGUUUCGCCGUUGAUUAACUAUGGCCUUGGACAUAUCAAGGGUGGGAGCUUGAACAGCUGGCAGUACAUGUACCUUUUCGCUGGCGCCAUAACAGUGCUGUGGGCAUUCGUCAUCCUCUUCUUCUUGCCGCCUGAUCCGAUUCGAGCAAAGGGCUUCGACGAACGCGAGCGAUACAUUGCAGUAGCUCGUAUGAGGGAAAACAAUUCCGGCGUGCGAAACAAGCAUUUCAAACUCGAGCAGCUGUGGGAAUCGCUAUACGAUAUCAAGUUCUGGCUUGCAUUCAGCAUGUCAUUCCUCAUGAUGAUUGCCAACGGACCUGUUUCCAGCUUCCUGCCUAUCAUUAUUUCAGGGUUUGGAUUCAACAGACUGAAUUCGUUGCUGCUUGUCAUGCCUGCUGGUGUCAUCAUCGGAUCGGUUACACUGAGUGUGACCUACUUGGCCUAUCGUGUCCAAGGUAUUCGAACCUGGAUCAUUGUGGGCUGUCAAUGCGGCACCAUUAUUGCAUCUGUUAUGCUUUGGAAACUGCCGCAAAGCUCAAAGGGAGCGCUCCUGUUUGCGUGUUAUAUUCUCUCAACUUUUGGCGGUAGUUAUGCUGUGCUUAUGGGCUUGUCCGUGGCUAAUACAGCGGGAUAUACCAAGCGAUCGAUAACGAGCUCUGGAAUUUUUGUAGGCUACUGUCUCGGUAACUUUCUAGGCCCGUUGUUGUUUAAGCCAAAAGACGCUCCAGUUUACGCCCCUGGUUUCAAAGUAGUGCUUGGAACCGCAGUCGCUGCUGCAGUUCUUGCAGUCGUGUACCGCUACGUUUGCAUCUGGGAUAAUCACCGACGCGACAAAUCCGGCACCCUCGAAGGAUUCGAUAAUGCUUACGAGGAUGAUCUUACGGACAUGAAGAAUCCUCAGUUCCGUUACACCCUCUAA